AAGUGAUGGAGCAACUUCGUCCUCUCUACAUAAAGGCUUACAUACAAAAAUUCGCCCUAAAGGGUCCUUUAGCAGCGGCACGACAAAGAAAAAUACAGACCGGCUCAUCAUGUUCCACGGUUCAAUCCAUUGAGAACAAAGAGGACAAAAGCUGUGUAAUGAAGACGAAUCCAUCUCAAACCAACAACUCCUGCAACGGAGAAAUAACAUUUUUGAAUCGGAAAUGUAAAUGCGGGGAGAAGAAUCCAAAUAAACUUAUCUAUUGCUGCCCAAAAAACGGGGAUGGUUGCAGUUUUUUUUCAUGUUGCGAACGAGAUGAUCCAGCAUGCACUAUUGUUGGUGGCUCAUCUUCGAAUCGAGAAAUUGGUUCGAAUUUUAAGAAUGCUGCCGCUCAAGUUCCUUAUAUUGGUGCUUCAACAUCAAACCCGGGGAUUCUUGAACGGAUCGUGGCUUUGGAAGCAAACGUUGCUGCUGGAAAAAUGCUUGUUUUGUUCAAUUUCUUGGUUGUGUUUCUGUGCUUAUUUCUUAUAUAUGGUCUGUAUAAUGGUUAA